GAAGUCCAAAUUUAACACGAAGAUUCUCUGAACUUCUCAGUUCCAAUCACUGCCACCAUUUUCAAGCAGUUCCGGUGAGCCCUCACUCUUUGGUUCAGCCUUGAUCUUAAUCUAUCUGGUUCUCCUCAAAGCUGCAACCUUUAUCAUCGUAUUCAUUCGUUUUGAUCGCUGAUACAGAACCCAGUUAGAUCUCUCUCUAACUGUCAACAUUGUUCUGCAUUUGUAUCAUCAAAUUCAUGAUCACCACUGUUUUUCUGCUCUAAAUUCUGAUCUGGGUAAUGCUAGUUUCAAUUCAACUCGAUCCCCAUAAGCUGGAUUCAUACUAUAAUGAGCAAUAAUCCUUAUGGGUCUGGAAAUCCUAAGUCCUUUGUUGCAUACCCAAGUGGUGAGUUUGAUUUAGAAUCCGGAACCAUUAGAAAAACCCGAAAGCAUAGAAAAUCAAAACCCAAUCCCAUCAAAAUGAUUAGGUCUGUUGGGAACCGCUUGAAGUACUAUUGCAAGCUGCACCCUUGCUUAGUUUUCAUGAUCACUUUGUUAGUUGGGGUCACAAUUCUUGUACUUUUGCCUCUGUAUGAGAACCGGUUUCAAAUGAGCAGCUAUAAAAAAUAUGGCAUGGAUUUCGAUAGCUAUCCUCUGCCGAUUCUCAAGAAUCUUGUCAUGGUUGCCGGGCAUUCAGUUUAUACUAGUAGUAGCUGUGGGAAAGUUGAUAAAGAGGAUUCUUGGUUUUUGGAGUCUUAUCAGAAGAAUCCUGGGCAAGCUUCUACUUUUUUGGCACAUAUACAAGAGGGAAUUGAAACGGCCUCCAAAGACAAUGCAGCUCUGCUUUUAUUCAGUGGUGGAGAAACUCGGAGAGAUGCCGGUCCUCGGAGUGAGGCACAGAGUUAUUGGGCUGUUGCUGAAUCAAAAGGAUGGUUUGGCAAAGAAGAUGUGAGACAGAGGGCACUCACAGAAGAGCAUGCAAGGGACAGCUUUGAGAAUCUUCUCUUCAGUGUGUGCCGGUUUCGAGAGCUUACUGGCAUGUAUCCUCAAAAUAUAACUGUUGUAAGUUAUGAUUUCAAGGAGGAGAGAUUUGCGCAUUUACAUCGGUCUGCAAUUGGCUUUCCUGAGUCGAGGUUCUUCUAUGCUGGUACCCCAGCAAUAUCUACUGCAAAAGAAGCAGCUCGAAAAGGAGAGGCAGUGGUGCGGGCUCAGUUCCAAGAGGAUCCAUACGGGUGCCAAGGUUCACUUCGCCAUAAGAAAUUAGGGCGUGAUCCAUUUCACAGGUCUAUUCCUUAUCCUAAUGGAUGUCCUGAAAUUGAAGGUCUAUUCAGAUAUUGUGGGACUGCUCCUUAUCCCGGGUCUCUGCCUUGGUCUCAUAACUUAAAUUGAUGAACAAUAUCCUACUUCCCUUGAUUUAUAAAAUAGGAUCAAUCCAAUUAAACAGUCAGAAAAGGACUUUUGAAUCUUGCAGUAGUAUAGAUUUAUUUCCCCUUCUAAUCAGUCUUGUUCAAAAAUAAAUAUGGUUAUAUAUAUAGAAGAGUGAACAAUUGUUCAAUUCUGUU